AAAACAGGUAAGGCAGUGGGAGUGCUGAAUAGGUGACACACCUCUGUGAGGGGAAAGAGCGGGAAAAUGAUCACAGACGGUUAUAUUUGCUUCUCAUGAACAAAAGACAUAGGACAAAUGAAAAAAAAAAAAGUUUGACGAAAAGACCCACGAACACUGGAAUCAUGUUAGACAAUACGACAUAAUGAUAAUAAUAAUAAGAAGAAGAACAAUAAAAAGUAAAAAAUAAAGAAAAGUUGAACUCUCUGCGGAAUAGUAAACCCUGAACAGAAAGUGAGGAGAGCCUUUCCACCAUUGGUGCAUUUCAAUUUAAAAAAGACUUACACUAACUAUAUUAAGGACAUCUCACCUACGAGCCAAGAGUUUCUUUAGUUUUUUUGGAGCUAUCUGCUCCCAUCUAGUGGAAGAGAUUUGAAUUGUUUUGUCUCACUUUCACAUUGAGGAACACAAAAGAACAUUUGUUAAAACAAUUUAUUUGCACUAAGCACAAAAUACAACGCUGGGAGAAACGAGUGAGAAUCCAAACUUAUGCGAAAUCUGGUGGAAGAAACGUCAGCGGAUCACAGCCAAUCUCAGCUUUUUAAUGUGGUUCAAGUUUUAUUCGCUUCUGUUUCCAUGCAUUGCUUGUUAUUGUUUUUGUUAUCGGCUACGUUUUCAUGACAAGGAAAAUAAUGUACAACCAAUGUUUUUCUUUCUCGUACUAGAAGUGAAAUAAUCUUUUUUUUUUUUAUUUUAUUUUCAUCAACAUUUUUAGCACACUGGUUUGUAUCCCAUCGUGUCCAAAGGCAUGAGGUUAAUAGCUGAAGGAAAAGACCCCUUGGAGGGUCAGAGACACAUGUGUGGAAUGGGAAACCUCUUUCAUUAUCAUUCAACUGGAUUCUCUGAUCUGGAUGAGCUGAUGAAAAAUCCUCAACCACUCAUCUUCAUCAUGGAGCUGCUGCAGGUCGGAGAUCCAAUGUCCUACCACAGAGAGUCGUGGAUGAUGGAGAAGGAUGAGAAGCUAACGACGGUACCGCUUCUUCACAUGCAGGGAAACGCUCUGGUCAGACAGAGGCAGUUCAGAGAAGCGGCCAGUAAAUACAAGGAGGCAGUUCUGCUGCUGAAAACGGUCCAGUCCAGAGAGAUGCCUGGUGAUGUUGACUACAUCAGCCUCGGUCGGAUGAUUGUUCCUCUGCAGCUGAAUUACUGCCAGUGUUUGUUGGAGCUGGAGGAGUAUUAUGAGGUGGUGGAGGUCACCACUGAGCUGCUACACAAACACAAAGACUGCGUAAAAGCUUAUUACAAAAGGGCUAAAGCUCAUGCUGCUGUGUGGAACGAAAAAGAAGCGCGUCAGGAUUUCAACAUGGUGGCUCAGCUGGAUAUCACUUUGGCCUCUCUGGUCAGGAAGGAGCUGAAGUUGUUGUCAGAGCGAAUGAAAGAGAAAUACUGGGAGGAGAAGGAACAAUUCUGGAACAAACUGGAGAGGAAGGGCAGCAGACCUGAUGAUGAGGAGGAAGGUGAAGGAGGUGAUGAAGCUGCGGAUGAAGGAACGAUCAGAGAAACACGAGUUGAGUCUUCGAAAACAGAGGGAAAAGACUGGCAGCAGAUGCUGAGACUGGUGAUGAUUCUUCAAAAAGAGGGAAACUUCCUCAUCAAAGAAAAACAAUUCCAAGAGGCUUCUGAGAAAUUUGGUGAAGCCUUAGAAUAUGUGGAGUUUCUUCAGAAAAAGGCAGGUGAGCAGGGAGAAGACUGGGAGUCUCUGGAGAAAGUAGGUCUUCCUCUGAUAUUGAACCUCAGUCAGUGUAAACUGGAGAUGAAGGAGAACCAGGAGGUGGUGGAGCUGAUGAACAAAGUGCUUAGGAAACACAAAGGAAACUUAAAGGCCUUGUAUCAGCGAGCACAAGCUCAUGCUGCCCUGUGCCACCAAGAUGAAGCUCGUCGUGACUUUGAAAGGUUGGAGAAAUUGGAUCCAAAGUUCAAACCUCUGGUCCGUCAGGAGCUCAAGUCAUUAGGAGAGCGCGUUCGCUCGAUGCACACCAGCCAAAAAAAGACAUACUGGGAUCUGACACAGGACAGAUGGGGACCCGGAGGAAGCAAAACUAAUGCUGAAGCCAAAAAUGAGACAAAACAAAAUGAGGUGGAUGAAAAUGCAGAAGAGAAAAUGAUCACAGAAGGAGAAAAGGCAAAGAAUCAGACUGGUGCCGAAGAUGAAUCUGAGGAAGAGAAAAUCAAAGAUUGUGGAGAAAAGCAGGAUGAGAAAGUAUAAAACAUUAUAUAUAUAUAACAUAAUACAAAACAUAAAUUCAUACAUACAAAAAACAUUGCAAGACAAAGCAGUCUAUUAGAAUGUUAUGUCCAAUUUAUUCAUUUCUGAUGAUAACAUAAAUGGAAGAUACAUGGAAGAUAUACCAGAAAAAAAAAAAAACAAUGUAAACAACAAAAACACGUAAACAAAGAAAAUCCAAGGGAACAUAAUUGAUUGAACAGAAACGAAAAUGUGAAUAUUUCAACAUUUUUAUCUCACACAAUCAAUUA